AUGGCUCCGCAGCCGGCAGCUCGGGUAGCUCUUGAGGCACAGCUGGCCGCAUUGCUUGAGAACGGCAUCGCUGCCGGCGUGCCUGGGUUUGCGGCAGCUAUCACUUCUUCCAAAGACUUAUUGUGGCAGUCCCACGCUGGUCUUUCAGACUUACUGGGUUCCAAGCCCAUUGACAAAGAUAGUUCCUUCGGCAUUGGUAGCAUCACCAAGACGUUUGUAGCUGUGGUCAUCCUGCAGCUAUUAGACGAGGGCCGGCUUGGCCUCAGGGAUACCGUGGGCAGAUUUCUACGGCCAGAGGUGUACCGUGGUAUCGAAAACGCUGAAGGCGCCACCGUCUCGGAUCUGCUUCGCCACCGGGCCGGUGUCGAUAGCUGGGAGGACGACCCAGUGUGGAUCAGAGACGGUAGGGGGGACAGGUUGAAGGUCGACCACAUAUGGAGCAAGACUGAGCCGCUGGGCUAUAUUCGUCGACCGCGCAUAGAAGCUCCGGAUCCUGGUCAAUGGUAUUAUUCAAACACUAACUUCACCCUCCUCGGCUUAAUAAUCGAGGCUGUCACCAACAGCCCCGCAGAGGAGGAGAUACGCCGGCGUAUUCUUGAGCCGCUCGGUAUGGAGCAUACUUACAUGGAAGGGUUUGAACCACCAAACUCGGCAACAGUCCCACGGCGUUAUCAUUCGGCCACAAGUCAGUUUCGCGACGCUGCAGGGAUCAACGAUGCAUUUGAAGAAGUACGGGAUAACAUCAUUGAUACUACUGGCUCGAACCUAUCUACGGAGUGGACCGCCGGAGGUCUAGUUUCAUCCAUACCAGAUAUGCUGAAGUUUUGUUUGGCGCUCCGGGACGGCAAACUGCUCAGUCCAACUUCAUUGGGCCUAAUGAAGGACUGGAAACCAACGACAGAAUCACAUGAUUUCGGACGGGGCUUGUUCAGAGUAAUGGCCCCAGAUACAGGGACGAAGUGGAUUGGUCAUUUCGGCAGCGUGCUUGGGUUCACUGCAGGACUGGUUUGGCAAGAGGAAGGAGAUUGCGCAGUUUGCGUGCUUGCGAACGUGGGAACUGUGCACUCUGAGAAAGUACCUUCUAGUGCUGCUGGCGUCGUGCUGAGAACUAAUUUCUUGAAUAUUGCUUCGAGGCUUGCAGAGCAUAACCCAUAA